GAACGGCGAGGUGCGAAGGGCACGGAUAUUUCCUCGGUUGAUCUGGGCGCUCCAAUUUGGGCCGCCAAAGAAGAGUGCGUUUUCCGGAUGGAUGUGGGAACAGGCGCAGUGCAGGAACUAGGGGAUUGGUUCUCCCCGCGUCCCGUGGCUUCCAGGAAUUUCUGGCACGGUGUAGGGAUGAUUUAGAACAAGCCAUUGAAUUUCUACCUCACCGCUCUCUCUCUUGCUCGCUCUCUCUCGCUCUCACCCUAGCUCUGCGUUCUGUCCGGGAGGAGUACGGAGAAGCCAAUAGGAUGCGGGGUCUCUAAUGGAUGCAAAUGAUCAUGAAAAGACAGUGCAAAAUAUGAAACAACUCAUUUGCAGGGAAGUAAAUCACCGAAAACUGUUUAUGAACUGGCAUCCCUUCUUCGAAAUGUAAAGCGAGGACCUCUUUAAGUGGCGCCCCCAACUACAGCCGCCGCCGCCGCCGCCGCCUCAAAAUUCAAUAAAAUGAGCUCUUAUUUCGUCAACUCACUGUUCUCCAAAUACAAAACCGGGGAGUCCCUGCGCCCCAAUUAUUAUGACUGCGGCUUCGCCCAGGACCUGGGCGGCCGACCCACCGUGGUGUACGGUCCCAGCAGCGGCGGCAGCUUCCAGCACCCGUCGCAAAUCCAGGAGUUCUACCACGGGCCGUCGUCGCUGUCCACGGCUCCCUAUCAGCAGAACCCGUGCGCCGUGGCGUGCCACGGGGACCCGGGCAACUUCUACGGCUACGACCCGCUGCAGCGGCAGAGCCUGUUCGGUGCGCAGGAUCCAGACCUGGUGCAGUACGCAGACUGCAAGCUCGCCGCCGCCAGCAGCCUGGGGGAGGAGGCCGAGGGGUCCGAGCAGAGCCCGUCGCCCACACAGCUCUUCCCCUGGAUGCGCCCGCAAGCAGCCGCCGGACGCAGGCGAGGCCGACAGACCUACAGCCGCUACCAGACCCUGGAGCUGGAGAAGGAGUUCCUAUUUAAUCCCUAUCUGACUCGCAAGCGGCGGAUCGAGGUAUCGCAUGCGCUGGGACUGACAGAGAGACAGGUCAAAAUCUGGUUCCAGAACCGGAGGAUGAAGUGGAAAAAAGAGAACAACAAAGACAAGUUCCCUAGCAGCAAAUGCGAGCAGGAGGAGCUGGAGAAACAGAAGCUGGAGCGGGCCCCAGAGGCGGCGGACGAGGGCGACGCGCAGAAGGGCGACAAGAAGUAGGCUCCAGCUGGGACUGCCAGGGCCGCGGCCGCCCUGCCUCCGCGGGUCACCCGACCGCGCUGCCGUCGCCCGCCCCCGCCCGAGAGAGCUCUGGCCCCGCAAGCGGGGCCCGGAGCCUGGCCUCCCACCGCAGCGUCCCCGCCGCGUCAGUCCCCGCUAGUGGUAGUUUCUCGUAAUAGCUUCUGUGUGUGAGCUACCGUGGAUCUCCUUCCCAUCUCUUGGGGGCGGGGGGGAAAAAAAAGGAUUUUAAGCAAGGACUUCCUCUCUCUGCUAGGGUGAGCGGCUGCGGCCUGGCUGAGCCCCACCCCCACGCCCCUGCCCCGUGUAAAAAGCCUCCUUGUGCAAUGGUCUUUUUUCCUUUGAACGUGCUUCUUUGUAAUGACCGAGGUACCGAUUUCUGCUAAGUUCUCCCAACAACAUGAAACUGCCUAUUCACGCCGUAAUUCUUUCUGUCUCCCUCCCUCCCUCCCUCCCUCCCUCCCUCUCUCUCCCUCUCCCUCUCCCUCUCUCUCUCUCUCUCUCUCUCUCUCUCUCUCUCUCCUCGUCCUCAUUUCCCCUCCCACCCCCUUCCCCGCUGCCCUCCCUAGCUCGCUGGCUUUCUCUCUGGCUUCUCUCUUUUCCUCCCCCCCCCCACCGCUUUGGUUUGACAAUUUCGUCCUAAGUGUUUCUCAAAAGAGGUUACUUUAGUUAGCAUGCGCGCUGUGGGCAAUUGUUUAAAGUGUUCUUAGGUUUACUGUGAAGAGAAUGUAUCCUGUAUCCGUGAAUUGCUUUAUUGGGGGGCGGGAGGGCUAAUUAUAUAUUUUGUUGUUCCUCUAUACUUUGUUCUGUUGUCUGCGCCUGAAAAGGGCGGAAGAGUUACAAUAAAGUUUACAAGCGA